GACGAUAUGGACUCCGAGAACGAGCAAGGACCGGGUCCAGCACCACUGCGGGUUCGUUUUCUGAAGCCGGAAACUGAAAAGCAGAAGAAGAGAAGGGAGGAGUCAUCGCUACAUCGUAGUAAAUUGAUUGAAAAAGACCCAUGGAUCCCGCUCGAAAUACACUCUGAAUUGGAAAGCGUGUCGAAACAGAAACGCGAUGCUCUAAUCUCGCCUCGUGAUCUGAACAAAUCAAUUACGACGGCACCUGAACCUGAAGAUUUAAUUCAGGAAGCAAUCGUUGGUAGCAAAAUGGCUCAGUUGGAUCUCGAGAAAACUGAACAGUUGAUUCCAUUGCGUCGUAUACGUUAUUUGAGUGAUGAGGAUCAAGUUCAUGCAGUCAUCAUUAAAGGUAAUAAAUCGAAUCAUAUUGAUUCUUAUUCGAUCAUUUUGAUAUCUUAUCAGGCCCUGUCGCGUACAAUCAAGCGCUAUUCACGAUGA